GCAGCCUGGAGGGAAGCAGCGUGCCACGUUGUCCUGCCUGCCCAGACAAAGCUUGUGUAUCUUGUGUCUCCACGGGAAUACCUCAGAAAGAAUCGUCCGCAAUGGAAGCAGUUAAGGGCAUCACAGAGACGGUGGCUGUGGACCUGGGUGCUCUCCUGGACGCCGGGGACGACGCCAUGGUGAUACUCGAGGCAGGUGACACUCGGCUGGUGGUGCACAGGGCCGUCCUCGCAGAUAGGAGCCCUGUGUUCGCGGCAAUGUUCGCCCACGACACCCUUGAGGCCUGCACUGGCGUGGUGAGGAUUGCCGACAUCGGGGGCCCGGUGCUGAGGCAGCUGGUCUCCUACCUGUACACUCUGCGGGCCCCCCAGCUGCCCGGCACGGCCCCCCAGCUGCUGACUGCAGCGGAUAAGUACGGGGCAUCGGGGCUGAAGGCGGAGUGCGAGCGGCAGGUGGCCGCUCAGCUGACCGUGGAGACCGCGGCGGCCGCAGCCGUCCUCGCAGUCCGCCACUCCUGCAGUGACCUCAGGCGAGCCGCCAUCGAAUUUAUUAAGGCACGUACCCACGAGGUGAUGGCCACUCAGGGUUGGGCAGAUGCCAUGCGGAAGCAGCCGGAAGACUUGAUCGAAGUGAGCCGGUUGCUGUACGAUCCACCACCACAAACCAGUGCACCAGUCGUUACAGAGCCGAGGACCACCACCACCAGCACCACAACCACAACCAGAACCGCCACCACCACCGCUGCCACCUCUGCCAGCGCACCUCACCAGACACCUGCUGCUGCGCGGCCCACAACUCCUCGACCUGAUGAGGCCACUGUCUCUCAAAUGCGGAGCCUCUCUGCAGAGGAGAGGAACAGGAGGCUGGGCCAGGCGGUUAAGCUGGGGGCAGUGGGGGAGCUGAGGGCGCUGAUCGCCGCAGGGGCCGACGUGGAGGCGAGGGACGAGUGGAGGGGUUGGACCGCCCUGCACUGGGCAGCGCACAGGGGAGACGUCGAGGCGGCGAGGCUGCUGGUGGGGGCGGGGGCGGCGGUGGACGCCAGGACUGACCAUGGGGCGACGCCGCUGCACUGGGCGGCACUCAAUGGCCACGCAGAAGUGGCGGGUGCGCUGCUCGAUGCGGGGGCCGACAGGGGGGCCACAACUCUUGGUGGGGAGACAGCGCUGGACCUCGCCAGGCAGUACGACAGGAGGCGGCUGGUGGAGAUGCUGUCAUGAGGCAGCCCGUCCAGCGAACUCUGUGCAAAAAAACAGGAACUGAAACAAUUUGUAGAAAAGCAAUCGUCAUAUUUUUUAAAUAAAGAAGCAAAAAACUCAA